AAACUUUAUCAGUUGUCCUACCACAGAGGCACAAAAUAUGAGCCUGUAGUCCUACACUAAUCCGACCCAAGUUAUGUUAGGAGCACAAGGGUGUUGGCGAGGCCCAAACAGCUGUAACUAUCAUGUUACUCUCCUCUACAUUGCUUGAUAGUCCUGUCCUUGGCACUCUAGCCAUUGCUAAUCACCAAUCCAUGUCGAACAACAAUCCUCCUUUUGACAACCACAACUUAACCAUUCUUCUAUUUGCCGCAGGAUCAGCAGCAAUUUUGGUCACAAUGCACCAUUGCAUAGCAGUGUGUUGGUCCAGCCGGCAAAGGCAACAAAGUUUUGUGACUGCAACAGUACUGGAAAAUUCAAGCAGCUUCAACAACAAUUCAGCAGCUCACCUCAUUCCUGCCCAUAAAUAUGAAAAGGGCACGAGCUUGAGAGGCGAAGAUGGCACUUGUGCUGUGUGUUUGUGUGAAUUUGAAGAGGGUGAUGAGCUACGUACCUUACCUGGUUGCAUGCACUCUUUUCAUGUACCAUGCAUUGAUAUGUGGCUUUACUCACACACAAGUUGCCCUAUGUGUCGCUCUGAUGCCACACCAUCACCGUCGCCGAUGAUAUCUCGGAGUGGAUUGGAUUUAGAAUCCGGUGAGGUUGAGGAAGAAGAGUCAGAAACGUUGCAAGAAAUCGUUGUUCAAUCUAGCUAGCUAGCUAGGAGGGUAUGAUGGUGAAAUGUUUGUCUUAUUUUUAUUAUCUUUGCUUUAAAGUUCCAAUUUUUAUUAGAUGUCCCCAAAGGGGCUCUGUUUGCUUAAAGUUUAGUCUUGAAAGUUGCAACCUUUUCUGUC